UACGACAUGCAUAACGCAUGAGAGCCCUAGCGAGAUCUUUCUCUCACUCCCCGGUUUCUUUUUUUCCGUGUCGCUCGCCCUCUUGCUCAUUCUCUCUCUCUCUCUCUCUCUCUUUAUCUUGCUCGCACACGCGCCCGCUCGUCCGUUCGUUGGUUGGAACGCGAGCGAAUUUACCGCGGAUAAUAGCACGUUGAUAGAGAGAACUUGGAGAACGAGGGGAGAGAGAGAGAGACGGUAAAUCGCGCCGGUAAUACGAUCUCGGCGGACUUCUCUCCCUUCGCGCGAAGCCGAACCGGAGCCUUCGUCGUCUUCGUUGACGACGUAGCCGUCGUCGUUCUCCUCGUGUUUAGUGGAGUCCGAGGGAGUCGGUGAAGUCGCAUCUUCAACGCGUCGUGUCAUCGCACGCGAGAGAGCCAAAAACACGCGCGCGAUAAGCUUCCGAAACGCGAACAACACGCGAAGCGAAGAAAACUCCGGGCCUUCCGAUCCCACGCGAGUUGACGUUUCGUUAUUUGUUUUUCUUCCUUUUCUUUUUCGUUCUUUUCUUUCGCUCUUCCGGGACCGGACUUGAUCGGCAGACUCGCUGGUGUGCACCGAUUCGUUACUACGACGACAAUAACAACGCAACGAGACAACCACUUACGCAUACAUGAGUGCACACGGGCUGAUAUAUAGCUACAUGUAUGCAUAAACUACGAGUGCACGGGAGCAAGGAGUUAUUCGUAACAGGGUGUGUCAAGUGCUGUUUAAAGAAGACGUCGAAACUCUGUGUGUAGUGCCGAGCCUCGGUGUAACCCGCCGCAGGUGUUAUCCCGCGUACCGUCGCAAGUGCGCGAAACUUUCGAACACGGAUUAUCGGGCACGGGCCGAUCGGGCUGGCGAAAAGAGGGCUAUGGAAAUAGUGUUGGCUACGGAUCCUCGACGGAGUUGAUUCAUUCGGUCGGAAAUUGAGCGACGAUAUUGACCCGUUAAGAGUCUCGGGAACACGAGUUUCUUCGAAUUAGUCUGAAUGCCUCGGCGAUCUAGCAUCGUGUGACUGAGAACCACGGUGCGUGGGCAAAAUGCGAAAAAACACGUAUAGAGAUGUAGUGAGAAGCGUGCCGUCGUGGAAUUUACCGCCUAACAUAGACAGCGAGUGAGAUCAAACUCGCUGUUGAGAACAAAUACGAUUGGACAUAAGUUUAUGCAGAGGAGAGUCUCUCUGGGGACACUGUCGUCCAGUCCAGUAUCGAAUAUUAUUAAUAAAAUAUAGAAACUCGUGGGGCAUACUUAGCUGACGAGGAGUCCCGUAGAGUAGCAACGUCGAAGGCUGCGAUCGCGCGAUUUCACUCGAUGGACAGAUGUUAAUAAAUUGAAAUCGCAUAUAGAUCGCUCGAAUUGAGGCGGUUAAAGGUAUAGUGACCGUGAACAAGGCUGGGAGUAGUAACAAGUGACGAUAAGGGUAAUCGCGAAGAAGGGCGCCCGCGGUCGGUGUCGAUAGACGACGAGGGUCAAACGAGGAGCUACGAGUGUCGAGGGUGUCAGAAAGUGUGGUAACAGUGUUGAAAGAAGCGUUGAGUGAUCUUCCGGGCUUGAGAGAAGAAAGACCCGCGUUCGGAGGAUCGCGGAAGAGGCUCGGGAAGGCGCAAGGGCGACGGAGAAUCCGUGGCCGCACUGGCCCCUGCCGGCAGUUGCUCUUCAUUCGGAAUUAGUUUAGCGCGCGUGGGUGUCCUAGUGGAAAAGAAGGUAAAGGGUGGCUAGGGUCAGUAGAUGGCCGCUACGACGUACAUGCCUGUUAGUAGCGCAGUAUCGGCCGACCUGGACGGUGGUUCGGGUAGGGCAAUCGGUAUGAAUAUCGCGGUCGGUGGCUAUUCCUCGGGUUCGCCCCGUAGCGCCGCUGACGCUGGUGAGAUGAAGUAUCUGUCACCUCAGCAGCAUCAUCACCAUCACCAUCAUCACCACCAGGUGCCGACGUCACCGUCGCCGAACGGGCUCUCCCAUGCGGCGAGUCUGUCCUCGGGGAAUCCAUGGGUUAGCCUCCAACCCGGGGGCGACCAUUGGCCGGCGAGUCUGGGAAUGCAUCACACGAGUCAUCACCCGCAUCAUCAUCCACACGCCCAGGGUAAUUCGAGCCUGGACGUGAAGCCUCUCGCGGCCGCCGCGACCGCGACGGAUUCCGUUCAGGGCAUGCACCAUCGGGGGCCCCAUCAAUCGCCGAGUAUGGGCUCACCGCACUCGUGGCACGCGCCCGUCGUACCAUCCGCACAUUACAACCCGAGCGGCGGCGCUGCGUCGCCCACGACCCUACAGCAGUAUCACGCCGCUAUGAAUGGAAUGUUACAUCAGCAUCCUCAUCAGCAUCCCCACCAAUUGCACAAUCAUCAAACGGGCUUGCCUCAUCAUCUGAGAGACGCGCAUAAUCACAGCCCACCGUCGGGCCAUCCUCUCCACCCCGGUCAUCCCCUCGACAGGGAUCACAGCGCCGGCGAAGAGGACACGCCGACGUCCGACGAUCUCGAGGCGUUCGCUAAACAAUUUAAGCAGCGAAGGAUCAAGCUCGGUUUCACGCAGGCCGACGUCGGCCUCGCGCUGGGCACGCUCUACGGCAACGUCUUCUCCCAAACGACGAUAUGCAGGUUCGAGGCGUUGCAAUUGAGCUUUAAAAACAUGUGCAAGUUGAAGCCGUUGUUGCAAAAGUGGCUCGAAGAGGCUGACUCGACGACGGGAUCGCCAACGAGUAUCGACAAGAUUGCGGCACAGGGUAGAAAGAGAAAAAAGCGAACGUCGAUCGAGGUCUCGGUGAAGGGAGCCCUCGAACAACACUUCAUGAAACAACCCAAACCCUCCGCUCAGGAGAUCACGACCCUCGCCGAUAGCCUCCAAUUGGAGAAGGAAGUCGUCAGAGUUUGGUUUUGCAAUCGACGACAGAAACAAAAAAGGGUGAGCCCGCCUAACGACGUUAUGAUGGACGUCAUGCCGGCGGGACAUCAGGGCCAGGGUGGUAUGCAUCAAGGAUAUCAUCAGCAGGAUCAUUUACACGGGUCGCCUAUGGGCCACAGCCAUAGUCCGCCUAUGCUCAGCCCUCAGGGACUCACGGGGCACUCGCAUCCGCCUCACUAGCAUUCACCGGGGCCUCCCCCCCUUGGACUCUCGAUAACCUCACAGUCGAAUAUUUCGGCGGUAAAUCCCGAGGGUUUGCCGCCCUUCUAUCACCACUACCUCCAGGCCCGAACCAAUAGCUAUGGUACUUCGUAGCUAUUGAUGUACCAUCAUCACCAGCAGCAGCAGCAGCAGCAGCAGCAGCAACAUCAACAUCAUCAACACCAGCACCAGCAGCAACAACAACACCAGCAUCAGCAUCAGCUCGGUAACGAGGCUGUUGUCUGUCAGCAGCAGUGGCAAAGUGAUGACCUGGACGAACAACUUCGCGAUGAUACCGUGACGAUGAUUCAACGACAUCAGCACAAUCAACAACAGCAUCAUAACAAUGAUCGCACGUUGGAACAACGGAUUCACCAAGUUGAACGAGUGGAAGAAAUAUUCGAUGUGAGGAGAUACGAGACCGAGCCGGAGCAGCACCGGGGAGGCCGACAGCCGUAUAUCCGGCAUGACGGAAAUCGUGCCGCGAUUUAGCGAAAACACACAACCAAGUUGUUUCGAUCUCAUGCAGCUCAUUCUUCCGGUCAAUGCGGACCGGGGAGAAUCGAAGAUAAAUAAUAUAAUGAAUCAGUGAACGAAGCAUCUUGAAGACGAAGAGGACGAAUUACUGAGAAACUACGGAUAAUCUCUGGGGCAUUUCGCAACACUAUUUCUCAUCGAGCAUCCCGUGUUCGCAGCGACGGGAACAUCGACCAGCCGCGCCGAAUUAAAUUGUGUGUUUGCGUGCAUCGUCGAUUAUUUUGACUUACCUACAACAACGAAAUAUCGAGUUUUCAGCGAGUUUCUCAGCGAUUCAACCGAACGUUAUUGUUAAUUGUUGUUUGUUUGUUGUUUGUGUGACGUGAUUGUCUUCCCUUGACUCACUUUCUCUUUCUCUCUCUCUCUCUCUCUCUCUCACUCUCCGCUUCUCUCUCUCUCUCUCUCACUCGCUCGGUGAAGUGACAUAAUAAGCUAACGCCUAAGAGUACGGAAGCUGCACCGAUUUUUUUGAGAUUCUCGUCUACGCAAUCGGAUAAUUUCUUUCAACAGAGAGAGAGAGAGAGAGAGAGAGGGAGAGAGAGAGGGAGAGAGAGAGAGAUAGACAGACACUCUUUCGAUUAAAAUGUGACUCUUAUUCAUUGCCGUCGGGCUGCGAGGGCGAUCGUGGUUGUGCGGGCGCGCGCGCGCGUGUGUGUGCACGUUUUUUAAAAUCCAUUCCCCACGACGACUCGCCCGACGAACUGCACGAAAAAGAUCUCGUCGUUCUCCGGCACGUUUUCGUUGUUUUUUUUAUCUUUUUCAAGUUUCUUUUUUACCCCGUUUUAUUUCCGAUUCAUUCGUCGUGGUACGACGAUGUUAUUCGAUAGCCGUUUGCAAUCUCGCGUUACGGCGGACACUGGCAACGUUUAUCGAGUGGGAAAAUUCAUCGGGAAAUAAUCUCUGUCGCGAAAUAUUUUUACAUCAAGAAUAUACGCGCGCGCUGCGGCGCCGUCGUCACUCGGGACUGAAAAAUAUGAGAAUAAUGACUAAAAACUUGGCGAUAUUUGACGGAUUGCACACGAAUGUAUAGACAACUGUGGAUACUGCACACGCACACGCGCACGCACACGCACGAGUGUUGUCUCAAAUAGAGAGAUACAUGCGUACCGAUGAACAAGGAAAAAUCAAAUAAGAGAAGAAAACAGAGAGAAAGAGAGUUAGAGAGAGAGAGAGAGAGAGAGAGAAAGAGAAAAUCGAAUGCACGCUCGCAAGCAAAUCAAGUACGUAGAGUGAGAGAGGGAGUGUUGCUCGGGUGGAAUUUGCUUCGCGCAAACUGCCGCCACGAAUGAUGUAACAUAAGUAAAUAUGGACUGUAAAUAAUGUACCAGAUAAAGAGCUAGUAAGUUAAGUGAGCAUGCUACGUUCGCGCGUCACUGAGUACAUCUCUCGAUGACCAUUCGGCGGCGAAAAACACACACACACACACACGCGCGCGCGCGCGCAGACACACACACACACACAUACACGCGCACACACACACACACACGCACACACAUGAAAAAAGAAACGAGAGGAAGCAAGAAAGUGAAAAGGAAAGGGAGAAAGACAGAGAAUAAAUAUUAACUAAAGCAAGGGAAAAAAGGAAAUAAAUAAAAGAAAAAAAAAAAAAAGAUGAGAGACCGCGGGCGAAAAGUAAGACGGGGGAUAUUAAAAAUAAAUUUUAAAACAAAAAAAAGCAACAAGUUUUAAAACGCGAGAGGAAAUGCGAGAAUAUUUAAAACAAACGACUAAAAUAACGAAGUUACGAAUACACGAGGACAGACUAAAUAGAACAAAAGACAAAACGCACGCGCGAAUCAACGUGCCACUCGGGGAUGAUGCCCGCAGCAAGAGAGGAGAUCGAGAACACAUCGAGAUAUCCUCGUGCACAGCUCCCUCGCAAAAUAAUAAUGCCCCGACCUGUAUAAAGAGUAAGUAUGACGAUUAACGUUCGAGAUGUUUGCAAGUAUGCUAAGUGAAAUUACGAGCGAAUCAAUGAAAGAUUAAUUAUAUUUAAAGAAACAACAACCAUUGAGAAACGUUGAAAUAAUGUACGUGAAUCUCCCCUUCUUCCGCCCCCCCCCCAACCGCCGCCGCCACCCUCCGACCGACCGCCUCGCGUGUUGAUGAAAAAUCACUUCUCGAAUAUGCCUCGUCAAAAAUUAUCUCGAAUAAAUAUCUCGCAUUCUUCGUCUAUUAUAUUUUUUAUUUUCACUUUGAUUUUUUUUCAUUCAUUUCUACUGUCUCAUUAUAAAUAUACUUUCCCUCGCUCCCCCUCGAAUGAUGAAACAGCCGUCGUACCCUUGUGGCGAAAAACGAAAAAAAAAAAAAAAAAAACAAAUAAAGAGAAAAAUCGAACGAAAGAAAAUUCCUUUUACCCACACGAAUUUUAUUGUAGUGCGACGAUAAACUUCGAUGCUGUUGUCCAAUUAUUAUUACACUUUUAUUAUUGUCAAUGUUUAUUAAUUAUUAUUAUUAUUAUUAUUAUUAUUCUUAUUAUCAUUAUUAUUCUUAUUAUUAUUGUCAUUAUUAUUAUUAUUAUUAUUGUAUUGCUUGUGGCCAGGUGCAUGACGAUCGCGCCUCGUAUCGAAUAACACAGAGUUUGACGUUACGUUUAUCGUUACGAUAUAAAAAAAAAAAGCAUAAAAAAUGAGAAGAUGAAUAAACGGAAAUAAUAAUUACCACCACCAAAACCAUCAUUGGCAAUUCGAAAAUAAAUUGAAUUCUAUUUUUACUCGA